CAUCGUUAUUUUAAGCGGUAAAAAUAUUAAAACGAAAAGUGUAAAAAGUUAUUAUAGAAUAAAAGUUAAAAGAGGGGGAAAAACAUGAUGUUUUUAAGAGAAAAGUAUGCAAAAUAUAUUUGUUUAAUUGCAAUAGUUUUAAUGCAAUUGAGUGUUUCAAAUGCGGACCCAAUUUCAUGUGUACAAUGUGGAGUCGCUGCAAAAUGUAGUACAAAUCUUGGAGAAACAGCUCAAGCAUGUCCCACUGAUGCAAAUACAUAUACAAAAUGUUUUACACAAAUUGAUACCAGUGGAAACAUUGUAAGGGGCUGCAAAACAGCCGAAGAAGCCACAGCUUGCACAGCCGAAAAUAAUUGUGUCCUCACUGAUGCUGGUAAAAACAAUCAACUUAUUUGCAAAAAAUGCGAUGGUACCGACGAAAAGUGUUCACAAACCGAUAUGACCGCCAACGAUCUUAAGUACAAUCAAAUCUGUGCUGAGGGUGUAAAGAAAUGUAUUAAGAAGGUGGCUAAUAAACUAGUUGUUAGAAGCUGUGCCAGUGACAGCGAUAUUACACAAUGUACCGAUGCAAAUACCUGUGAGACGUGUGACAGCGUCAACUGUAACACUGGCAUCUUCCCCACGAAGCGCAUCAACUGUUAUCAGUGCACUGGCAGCAGCUGUACGGAUGUGGCAACGAAUAGUUUAGUUUCCAAGCCCUGUCCCAAUUACGAAGACAAAGACCAAUGUUAUACCAAGGGCAAGAGUGAGACUGACAUGACACGUGGCUGCAAGUCCGAUACCAAGGACAAUCAAUGUACGGCCACUGGUGAAGGUUGCGUCUUUUGCUCUUCGGAUAAUUGCAAUAAUUUAAAGUAUAAAUAUGAUCAAGUGCUCAAGUGCCAUCAGUGCUCCAGCAACGAUGCAACAAAUGACUGUUUUAAGCAGCAAACUGGCCAGGAAUUUAAGAAUUGCGAAAAACAAAUUCUCUACAGUGACACCGAAUAUUGUUACACUCAACUGACUAGCGAUACAAUUAAUCGAGGUUGUCUGCACGAUAAUGCCGAUCUAACGCUCGACAACUGCAAAGAUGGCGAUAGUGCUACUUGCAACAAAUGCAAUAAUGCCAAUGGUUGCAAUAGCAAAGCACAAACAAUAGAAUUUACUUGCAUUGUGUGCCGCAGUGAUUUGAAUGAAAAGUGUUGGGAUGAUGCAGAUACCCUUACAGGUCAAAAGUGUCGCACCAGCACUAGUUCAGCGGCGGAAGGUUGUUUCCAUGGAAUUUGGAAUGGUGUGGCCAUUCGUGGUUGUAUGGUUGAUGCCUCCAAACAAAAUCAGCAAGUCUGUAAAGAUAAAAGUAAUCUUCAGUGUAAUGAUUGCUAUAAAAAGGACUGUAAUAAUCUUAAAUCUGGGGCUGCUCAACACGGUGUACAAUUUGCUUUAUUGCUAAUUGUUCUAACAACAUUGUGGAAUUUUAAAUAAAAUCUGAACAUUUUGAAUGCAGCUUUUCUUAUUUAAUCAUUAUUAUUUAAUAGAGUUUUCAAAAAUACAUAAAUAAACAAAGAAUUAAAUGUAUGAA